AUGCAUGUCGUCGACGCGGAGUUGGACUCACAAGAAUCACUGGAUGAUAACAUUGUCAAUAAUUCAAUGUCAUCUAGCAGUGAUGACGACUCAUAUUCACGCAAUGUUCAUUCCUUGAGUUCAUUUAAUCUCCAACCGAGAGAUGGCAAUUAUAGUAAAUACAAGAAACAAUUGGACUGUGAUUUACGCAUUGGAAGUGCUUAUUAUAUAGGCACUACAAUAAAUCCAAAUUUCAAUCCUUCUACUGAACAGCACAAAACAAUGAAAGAUGUUGACAAAACUGUCAGAUCACAAGCUUUUUUAAGACAUCCAUUCAACUUGUUAUUAGCUCGUGAACAAGGUGAUAUUGGUGCAGCAUCAAAAUCACGUCGAUUACGUUAUAGAGCCAGUCGUUGGAUAACUGAAGGCCAUCAACGCUAUAAUGGUUUACAAAUUUAUGGUAAUCGAUGUAAAGGUGUCCUGUAUCCUGAUGCACAGACAUUUCAAGAGAAUAUUCAAGGCAGUUUAUGGGCCGUUAAUCGAUUGCAUUUAGAAAAUAAAUUUGAGUGUCACUAUGGUUGUGUGAAUGCGUUGAACUUUAAUUCAAAAGGAAAUUUAAUUGCCUCUGGAUCUGAUGAUUUAAGAGUUGUUAUAACAAAUUGGAUGACCGGUGAACAAAUGUGGAAUUAUCGUACAGGUCAUAGUAUGAAUAUAUUUCAUGUGAAAUUUAUACCAGAAUCAAAUGAUUUAAAAAUUGUUUCAUGUGCAUGUGAUUCAGAGGUGAGAUUAGCACUGUUAUCGCCUGCAGGCGGUUUAGCCGGACCAACUCGACUGUUGGCAAAGCAUACACGAUCGUGUCAUAAAUUAUCGAUUCCAGAAGGUGAACCAAAUAUUGUCCUAUCAGCUGGUGCAGAUGGACGAGUAUUUUCAAGUGAUGUGAGAACUUCAACGGCUCACAAGAUACUUCAUUUAGCAUAUUCUGAAUUCUUCUCCAUCGCUUCAAAUCCAGUACGCUCACAUGAAUUCGCAUUGUGUGGUAGAUCUGAAUCACUUGUACGAAUUUAUGACCGACGUAAAGUGAACAAACAAGAUCCAAAGAAAGGAUUAUUACACACCUUUGGUGUUGAACAUCUACGUGGAAAUAGACGUCAGUCUACAACAUUAGAUACAGUCAGUCGUCGUGUAGCGAUGAAUUCCCUUUCAAGUCGUCGUCAUCUUUCUAUUGAUUCGGAUUCGGAUUCAGAUUCAGAUACAAAUUUGUUAAGUUCACUGACUGCACAAUUGGGUCGUGGUGUACGUGCUGUACUUAGUGGUCUUGGUGGGCGUGCACGAGCAGCACUACUCAGUGGGAAUACUAAUGACAGUAGUAUACCAGCUGAUUUAACCGAUGAUUUUGCACUGACAAUGUACAGUGUCACUGCUGCUGUAUAUAGUCCUCAGGGUGAUGCUAUUCUUUUAUCUUACAAUGACGAUGAUAUCUAUUUGUUCGAUGUGAAUCAUCUCGAUAAACCCUAUCUGCACAAAUACUCUGGUCAUCGGAAUAUGCAGACAAUCGUUGGAGCUACAUUUUUUGGACCAAAUGGUGAAUAUGUUGUCUCUGGUAGUGAUGAUGGUUACUUUUAUCUAUGGGAUAGAGAAUCAGAAGGUUUAGUGCAAUGGCUGCAUGCAGACAUCGGUGGUGCUGUCAAUAUUAUUGAAUCACAUCCUACACUUCCAGUUUUAGCCUCAGCUGGAUUGGAUUAUGACUUCAAGAUAUGGUCACCAUUAUGUCCGUUGUAUGCUGAAGAAGAUGAGGCAUUUAGUCAUUUAAAAUACUCAACGACUAGAAUCAAUUCAGAUGUUCUACGACUUCGUAAAUCGAAGUUAGCCAAGGCAUUUUUUCCAAAUAAUGAUUUUAUUAAUAAUACAACCACUAAUAAUAAUAAUAAUACUGAGAUGGAAUCUCUUCGUAAAUUACUAUCAGAUAAAACGAAUGGAAUUUCUAUUUCAAUAGACUCAUUAACUUCUUCUUCGUCAUCAUCAGCGCCGUCGUCGUCGUCCUCCUCCUCAUCAUCAUCAUCCGCCUCCUCCACAUCCUCUUCGUCAUCUUCAUCUCUAUCAACUUCAGAGGAGGAGAUGACAUCCGCCUCUACAAAUCAUCAUAUUGAUGAGUGUGAUAAUGUUAAAAAUGCUAAGAAUGAAAAACAGAUAGCGCAUGAAUUUAUAAAUACUAGUACAGAGGAAUAUUCUGUUGAUAUGGGUUCUCCAUCAUUAUCAUCAUCAUCGUCUGCUGGUGUUACUGCGGCUGCUGCUGUUUAUACUCUGAGUAAAUCUCGUAAAAGACGACAUCCAACUACGGAUGUAAUAUUCAAUGAUGAUAUAGAAGCCGGUGAUAAUAAUAUUGCUCACCAUGUUACUAAUCAUAAUAAUGUCGAUUAUUGUACUGAACAAAAUGAUGAUAUGCUACAGGUUGAGAAUAAUAAUAGUAAUAGUAAUAAUAAUACAAUAAAACAAGAGAUGAAUGGUAUCACAUCGGAGAUAAUAAAUCCUCAAGAAUUUCCUCCGCUUAGUAAACAACCGAAACGAUCGUCUCCAUCAUCAUCACAAGUGUUGCCAACAUGUUCGACUUCAAAUACAAUUCAUAAUAAUAAUAAUAAUAAUAGUGUUGAACAAGUCUCUAAAAUUCACGAAAAUGAUGAUAAGACUAUCAAGGAGAUGCCUAAGAAAACUGUAGGAUAUCAAGAUAAUAAUAAUAGUAAAAGUGGUGAAUCACAGUCGUCGACCAGUGAUAGAAUUCAACCAAGGAUACCACAAUACUUGUUACCCUUUAAUCAAAUCGACUUACAAUUGCGUGUUGGUCAGAAUUGGGUUAAUCGAGCCUGUGAACGUAGUCAAUUAGAAUGUUUAGAUGAUAGAAGUUUCCGUAUUCUAACAGCAAUUGAAUCAGUUGCUGAAUUACGUCCAAUAGGCGUAAACAAUACGGACGAUGAUGAUGAUGAUGAUGACAGUGAUUCAGAUACAGAUUCCAGUAGUAACAACAGCAGUUCUAGUGAUUCAAACUAUAACAACACCGCCGCCGCCGCCACCACCACCAACAACAACAGCAACCGCGCCAACGAUGAUGAUGACGAUGGCGACAACAAUAAUCACGUUAAUGAUAAUUCUUGCAAUGCUUUUGAAUUUAUUCAAUCUGCUGUAGUUAUGCUUGAUGAUCAUUUUAAUCUUCCAGUGAACAGACGAGGGACGACGACGACGACAAGGAGAAGGAGGAGCAGAAGAAGAAGAACACGAAGAAGAAAUUACGAUGAUGAUGAUAAUAAUAAUACUAACAAUAAUAAUAGUAAUAUAGAACAAAGUGAAGAAACAUUAGCUACUAGAGAUCGUGAAGAAGGCUCAGGUGAACAUAGUUCAUCAGAUGGUGAUGAUGACAAUAAUAAUAAUAGUAAUAGUAAUAAUAUUGCAUCAAGAAUAUCCAGCUUUUUAGCUAAUGAAUUUAAUUGCUCCUCAGAUUCAGAGAGUACCUUCUCGUCAUCAUCCUCAUCGUCGUCAAGCCCGUCAACAUCAAAUCGUUCAUCACUAUCCAGUAGUAUGCUUACUGGUGUAUCACUUUUAAGGCGAAAAUUCUCAUAA